UGCGCUCUCGCCGCGGAGCACCCUUCUGGCUUCUUCGUCUCUCGGACGGACGGACGCUAGAGCUCUCUUCUCCUUCCCUUAGCCAAACUUACUUUCCCGCCUCCCGAAAAACUCCAGCUUCCCUCUUCCUCCUCCCGCUCGGCUCUCGGCUCUUUUCCUCUCCACUUCCCUCUCUUCUCCCGAACCACAAACCCACCUUCCCAUUCCUCUCUCCCAUCCCAUCCUCCCUUCCCGGGACCCCCAAAACUCUUCCUCCUUCACCUCAGACGCAGUCCCAGCGCGCCUGCUGGACGCGGUCUACUGCUUGGUUCUUCUCGAAGCCAUGGCAGGACCUGGGAGUUGGAGGGACAAGGAGGUGACAGAUCUCGGCCAGUUGCCGGAUCCAACUGGAAUAUUCUCACUAGAUAAAGCCAUUGGUCUUGGUACUUAUGGAAGAAUCUUUUUGGGAAUCCAUGAAAAGACUGGUUCAUUGGUGGCUGUUAAAGUAAUGAGUGCCCGGAAGACUCCUUUGCCUGAGAUAGGAAGACGGGUGAGAGUGAAUAAAUACCAAAAGUCUGUUGGAUGGAGAUACAGCGAUGAAGAAGAGGAUCUCAGGACGGAGCUCAACCUGCUGAGGAAAUACUCUUUCCACAAGAACAUUGUGACCUUCUAUGGAGCAUUUUUCAAGCUGAAUCCUCCUGGCCAUCAGCACCAACUUUGGAUGGUAAUGGAGUUAUGUGCAGCAGGCUCAGUCACUGAUGUAGUGAGGAUGACAAGAAAUCAGAGUUUAAAAGAAGACUGGAUCGCUUAUAUCUGUCGAGAAAUCCUUCAGGGCUUAGCUCACCUUCAUGCACACCAAGUAAUUCACCGGGACAUCAAAGGACAAAAUGUGCUGCUGACUCAUGAUGCUGAAGUCAAAAUAGUGGAUUUUGGAGUGAGUGCCCAAGUGAGCAGAACAAAUGGACGGAGAAAUAGCUUCAUUGGUACCCCGUACUGGAUGGCCCCAGAGGUGAUUCAUUGUGAUGAGGACCCAAGGUGUUCCUAUGAUUACAGAAGUGAUGUGUGGUCUGUGGGAAUCACUGCUAUUGAAAUGGCUGAAGGGGCUCCUCCUCUGUGUAAGCUUCAGCCUCUGGAAGCCCUUUGUGUUAUUCUACGGGAAGCCGCUCCCAAAGUCAAAUCCAGUGGAUGGUCCCGUAAGUUCCAGAAUUUCAUGGAAAAUUGCAUGAUAAAAAAUUUCCUAUUUCGUCCUACAUCUGGAAACAUGCUUCUUCACCCAUUUGUCCAUGAUAUAAAAAAUGAACGACGUGUUGUGGAAUCCUUGACAAAACAUCUUACUGGGAUCAUUCAAAAGAGAGAGAAAAAAGGAACACCUGUGGCCUUUGAAGGAGAAGAAGCUGUUAAGGAGCAGUACAUCACAAGGAGAUUCAGAGGGCCUUCUUGCACUCCUGAGCUUUUGAGAGUGCCAACCAGCAGCAGAUGCAGACCACUCAGAAUCCUGCAUGGAGAACCCCCUCAGCCAAGGUGGCUACCUAAUCAAGAAGACCCACAGGACCAAGAACUUCAACAACUGCAGAAGGCAGCCGGAGUGUUCAUGCCUCUACAUUCUCAGGACAAUACACCCAAGCUUUUCCCAAAGCAGGUUGAGGUAGCACCCUAUCUCCGUGGGGCAGCUCAGGUGGUCAUGCCAGUACUGGUACAGGUUGAAGCACCGCCCCAAGUAAGCAAAGCAGCCCAGAAUCUCAAGUCACUCCCCACUCAGGAUAACAAAGCUACUUCUCCAGAGGUCCAGGCCCCCGUAGCUGAAGGACAGCAGGCCCAGCAUGAGGCCUUAGAGACAGAACAGCCUAAAGAUUUGGACCAGGUGCCAGAAGAAUUUCAGGAGCAAGACAGGGCACCUGAACAGCCAAGGCAGGGCCAGGCUGCUGAGCAGCAGCAGAUACAUAAUCCUGUUCCUGAGCAGCCGCCAGAAGAGAAUAGGGCACCUGAGCAAGCUGAGGUGCAAGAAGAGGCUGUGGAGCCUCCCCAAGCUGAGAUCGAGGAGAAGGAACCUGAGGUAGUGCAAGUGCACGCCCAGGUGCUCCUGCCUUUACUGUCCCAGAACCGUCACGUGCUCUUGCCUCUUCAUUUGGAUAGACAGCUGCUCAUUCCGGUUGGUGAACGAAAUGAAGAGGCACCACGAGCCCAGGCCUGGGAUCUAGAGGCCUCAAGGGCAAUUGGUGCAGUGCAAGCGUUGAUCGAGGGACUAUCCAGGGACUUGCUUCGAGCACCAAAUGCAUUUGUCACAAAACCACUUGGUCCACUGCAGAUCUUCUUGGAAAAUUUGUCUACAGACGGGUUUUACACUGAACCGGAACCGACACAGAAGAAAAAGUCGAAAGUUGCUAGUCUAAGGAAAGCAAUAGCAAAACGACUAAGACCCAAGAGGUUCAGAGCAAAGGCAUUAUGGCGACUUGAAGAUUUUGAAUUCUCAGAUGUAGAAACCAGCAGGAGACGGCGCCACCGUAGAUGGGAGGACAUCUUUAAUCAGCAUGAAGAGCAACUGAGACGAGUUGAAAAUGACAGAGAAGAUGACUCAUCAGACAAUGAUGAAGUGUUUCAUUCAAUUCAGGCUGAAGUCCAAAUAGAACCACGCGCUGCACAUGCUGCAGGAAAUGAGGUCCAGGAGAGAUCUGCUCCUAUCCCUUGCAACCGGAAUCGCACACAUCGUGUGAAAUUUUCUCCAAGUGUCGGUGAGGAAGAGCCUUCUUUGGAAGAAGCCCAGCCACAGCAGCCGCAGCAGCAGCCCAUGAACAUCCGACCAAGGAAUUGCCUAAAUCCUCAGAAUUCUCAAGCACAAUCAGACUCAUCUUCUGAGGAGGAUAGUCCUGUGACUAGGAGGAAGUCCCAGUCAUCACCCCCUUAUUCUACUAUUGAUCAGAAGUUACUGAUUGAUAUCCAUGUUCCAGAUGGAUUUAAAGUGGGGAAAAUAUCACCUCCUGUGUACUUGACAAAUGAAUGGGUAGGCUAUAAUGCACUCUCUGAAAUCUUCUGGGAUGACUGGAUAAUGCCUACACGUCCUGCUCGGCCACCUGAAGAAGAUGGUGAUUAUGUAGAACUCUAUGAUGCUGAUGCCAAUGCUCAUGGUGAUGAAGUUGCAAACGGUGCUUAUGAAGAUCCUCGUGAUGGUGCCAAUGGCCAUGAUGACAUGAAUAACCAGCUUGAUCAAGCAAAUGGUGCUGCUGGCUACAAUGGUAGAGACGUUGAUGGUAAUCAUGGUGCUGCUUUCAAUGGGCCAAGAGCAAAUUAUCCCAGAGCGGGAAUCUUGAAAAAUGGUAAUAAUGAUGGACGUAAUCUAAACAGGGGAGCUUUUGGAGCCUAUGGAGACGAUGCAGCCAGAGCUUUCCAUGGAGCUGCCGCUGAAGCAGGUGCAGCCUUUGGAAACCAUGGAGCCAAUAGGGGCAAUGGAAGAGGUAACAGAAACAGGGAGGCCAAUGGAAGGAAUGAAGAGAAUGGAGCAUUCGGACGGGAUCAACAUGUAUUUCCAGAUUUUGAACAUGAGGAAUCAGAUCGUGGAACUGAGACCUCAGAUUCAAUUGCCUUGGACAUCACAUCCCUUGAUGGCGAGCAAAACAGUGGUAGACCAGUAUCAUCAACAAUGGGUUUUCCUAUUGGACGCUCAUCUCCUAGAGGUUCUGAUUUUGGGAGUGACAUCUCAUAUAACAGCCCAAUACUACAUGUGUAUGAAAAGGAGUUCUCAUCUGAGGUCUACUGUGGUUCUUUGUGGGGAGUCAAUUUGUUGCUGGGCACCCAAUCUCAUCUGUAUCUGAUGGACCGAAGUGGAAAGGCAGAAAUUGUUAAACUUAUAAAGCGAAGACCAUUCCGUCAAAUUCAAGUCGUGGAGCAGCUCAAUUUGCUGAUUACCAUCUCUGGCAACAAGAACAGACUUCGCGUGUAUCAUCUGUCUUGGCUGAGGAACAAAAUUCUGAAUAAUGAUCCAAAGAGUAAGAAAAGGCAGAAGGCGAUGAGGAAGAAAGAGGAAGCUUGCAAAGCUAUUGAUAAGUUGAUUGGCUGUGAACACUUCAGUGUCCUUCAACAUGAAGAAACAACAUACAUUGCAGUUGCUGUGAAGUCAUCAAUUCACCUCUUUGCAUGGGCACCAAAAUCCUUUGAUGAAAACACUGCCAUUAAAGUGUUUCCAACUCGUGAUCUUAAGCCACUGACAGUUGACCUGGCUGUUGGUUCAGAGAAAACACUGAAGAUUUUCUUCAGCUCAGCUAAUGGAUAUCAUAUCAUCGAUGCGGAAUCUGAAGUUAUGUCUGAUGUGACCUUGCCAAAUAAUAAUGUCGUCAUUUUACCUGAUUGCUUGGGACUUGGUGUGAUGCUCUCCCUCAAUGCUGAUGCUGCCUCAGAGGAAGCAAAUGAACAACUCCUCAAGAAGAUCCUGGACGUGUGGAAAGACAUACCGUCUUCUGUGGCUUUUGAGUGUACAAAGAGAAUCACUGGAUGGGAACAAAAGGCUAUUGAAGUGCGCUCUCUUCAGUCAACUAUUCUCGAGAAUGAGCUGAAGCGCCGCUCAAUCAAGAAACUGAGAUUUCUGUGUGCCCGUGGUGACAAGAUGUUCUUUGCUUCUACACUGAGCAAUGAGCACAGCCGGGUUUACCUUAUGAGCAUCGGAAAACUUGAAGAGCUCCAUAGAAGCUAUGCUGUUUAAAGGGGUCCAGUGAUCGACUACAACAUUUACAUCCACCACACACAUGCCAUUGAAUCCUAACAUCAGAAUUUUAUCGUUAGAGAAAACUUUCUUCAGAGGCUUUUAAUGUAGCACAGAAUAGUUUGGAUAAGAAAUGAAGCUUUAUAAAGAAAAUUAACUAUAGCAAGCUCUAUGUACUCCAGUGGUGUACAAUCUGUUUUGCACAAACUUUGUAACUUUUGUUACUGUGAAUUCAAACAUUUCUCUUAGGACAGUUUGGACAGUAUCUGUAUUCAGAUUUACAGCAUGGAGUAAAGAAGCCUGGUAUAAAUUGCAUCACCAGCAACUUUCAAAGGAAUUGGCCCUAAUUAAGCUUUUCCAAAACAAAAAAAUAGAUACAUGAUUUUUUUCCAAGUGAGGGUUAGAUUAAAAGACAAAACAUAAUGAAUUUUGCAACCCAGACUAAGGUUGAACAACCUGUGUGCGCAAGGAAAAUUACAUAGUUCAAGGGGAACAUUCUACCCAAUUCUUUUUCACAAUAAAUACACAAUUGAAGACCAAUUGUGAUUUUUUUCCAGCCCCUUGUUAAAUUUAAUUUCUCUAUAUAGAAAAAGAGAAGAAAACCUCAGAUGCUUGCUUCUGCCCCCUAAAAGCCCCAAAUAUGUGUAAUAGCUGUUUUUACAAAGUACCAAACAAUAUAUUUACUAUCUUGAAUACAGGACUGAACUCCAAUGCACAUGUACUGUAGAAAAAAAAUUUAACACAUCAAACGAGGCGUCAAAUUUUGUCCCCCAAAUUGGCUAAGUUUUGAAUUUUAUUAUAUAACCAAUUCUGUGACCAUCAGACAACAUUAAAUAUUUUUAAAUAUUUAAAUAUGUUUUAAAUACAUUGAACUAUAUAAAUGUCCUCCAAGUUAUUAAGCAAAGCAAUGCAACAAAAGGAGAAGAAUGUUAAUUGUCAAUAAUUAUAUUUUUACAUUUUUAUCACUACAAAUUCAAAAUUAAGAUAAUCAAGGUGAUAAUCCAAAUUUAGAGUCAUUCAUUCUAGGUAUGAAAAUUACAAGAAUUUUAGAAAAAUAUAACAUCCAUUGUAUAUCAAAGUCUGCAAAACUGAAGUAGUGAAAUUCAUACCAGUCCAUAUCCACAUAUUUUAUAGAUGCCAAAAAUAGGUGAUAUUUCCUCACCUAUUGUAACUGCUACCUGAUUUUUUUUAAAGCGUGAUUUAUACCUAUCCAUCCUCAAUGACAUGGUUAGUUCUGGGGUAACAGGGAAAACUACAGAACCUACCACAAAGUAUACCUCAAUAAGUCCUCUAGCUCUGCUUCUCAAAUCUGAAGAGGGUGCUAGCAGGAUAAUAAUUUUUAAACUACCUGGUUAACCAAAACAAAAAGCAGCUGACUAUGUGUGAUUUCCUGAUAGUACAUCAUAUCCUGGUACCUUUGUGCCAGAAAUGAAGAUUUGGAUUUUCAUUGACUCCUAUCAAGAGUGUAGUAACUCAGUGUUCAGAUUAUAGGAGAACCUGAAUCCACAAGUUAACUGUGAUUCGCAUUUCUGUUACUGUGACACACUAAUGUGACCCUAAAACUGGCUUAUCCUUGAGUGUUUACAAUUCAAAUUACUUUUUUUAAGUUCAGUAGUUAUUUUAAAUAAGCAAACUUUAAUGUCAAAUUAAUACAUUAGAAGUAGUUUUCUUUAAAAAGGAAAUGUACACCAAAGGCCAUGAGGAACUUUGUGCAAGGACCUUAUUGCUGAGGAAAUGGAGCUUGCUACGUUGGAGGUUCAGAACUAUUUCUCAUUUAAGUAGUUUGUAGGAACAAACCUUUUAAGAAUCUUUUUCUUCAUAUUUACUCAAAAAUAAGCUUACAAUAAGUUUUAUCUUAAAAUCAUAUGUUUAAGGCAGUAGGACACUAAAGCAAAAACAAAAACAAAAACAUUUUAACAACUCAACUCCCAUUGUUCUCUGUGGCAUUUAUUCCAGCAAGCACAGGAAAUAGCAAAGAGAAUCUACAAGGCUGUCCCAAAGCAAUUACACAGGAAAGAUUACCAAUGCAGGGCUGGCCUUUGAAGGCCAAAGUGUUAGUGAAGAAACAGCUUGACACCUAGCAAGAAGAAAGGAGAUUGGA